GGGGCGGGCGCGCACAUGGCCGCGAACAUGUCGCCGGACGAGGAGGAUGUGCAGCGGCUCCUGAUCCAAUUUCGCGAUGAGGCAGGGGAGUGCCUGGGCUCCCCCUUCGACGUGCCGGUCACCAUCACUCCGGACAAGCUGCAGCUGGUCUGCAACGCCCUCCUGCAGAAGGAUGAGCCGGUGCCUCUGGCCUUCUUCGUGCACGAUGCCGAGAUCGUGGCGUCGCUGGAGAAGACCCUGGCAGGGCAGAGCGUGGAGACAGAGAAGGUCCUGGACAUCAUCUACCAGCCGCAGGCGGUGUUCAGGGUGCGGGCGGUCACACGCUGCACCAGCUCCCUGGAGGGACACACCGAGGCCGUCAUCUCGGUGGCUUUCAGCCCCACGGGAAAGUACCUGGCGAGCGGCUCUGGAGACACCACUGUCCGUUUCUGGGACCUGAGCACGGAAACGCCGCAGUUCACGGCCAAAGGUCACCGGCACUGGGUGCUCAGCAUUGCUUGGUCACCUGAUGGCAAGAAACUGGCCUCGGGCUGCAAGAACAGCCAGAUCUUCCUCUGGGACCCGGCCACUGGCAGCCAGAUCGGCCGGGUGCUCUCUGGCCACUCCAAAUGGAUCACGUGGCUGUGCUGGGAGCCGCUGCACAGAAACCCAGAGUGCCGUUACCUGGCCAGUGCCUCCAAGGACUGCAGCAUCCGCAUCUGGGACACGCUGAUGGGCAGGUGUGACAAGAUCCUCACGAGCCACACGCAGUCCGUGACCUGUGUGAAAUGGGGGGGCGAUGGUUUGCUCUACUCCUCCUCCCAGGACAGGACCAUCAAAGUCUGGAGGAGCCAGGAUGGUGUGCUGUGCCGCACGCUGCAGGGCCACGCUCACUGGGUGAACACCAUGGCCCUGAGCACCGACUACGUUCUCCGCACGGGCGCCUUCGAGCCGGCCGAGGCCACCAUCAACCCCCAGGAUGUCAAAGGCUCCUUGUCGGAACUGAAAGAGAGGGCACUGCAGAGGUACAACCAAGUCCGGGGCCAGGAACCAGAAAGGCUUGUCUCGGGGUCAGAUGAUUUCACCCUGUUUCUUUGGAGACCAGCAGAAGACAAGAAGCCACUGGAGAGAAUGACAGGCCACCAGGCAUUGAUUAACCAAGUCCUGUUCUCGCCAGACACCCGGACCAUCGCUAGUGCCUCCUUUGACAAGUCCAUAAAGCUCUGGGAUGGUAGGACAGGAAAGUACCUGACAUCGCUGCGGGGCCACGUCUCGGCCGUGUACCAGAUCGCCUGGUCAGCCGACAGCCGCUUGCUGGUGAGCGGCAGCAGCGACAGCACCCUCAAGGUCUGGGAUGCCAAGACAAAGAAAUUGGCCAUCGAUCUGCCCGGCCACGCAGAUGAGGUGUAUGCAGCGGAUUGGAGCCCGGACGGACAGAGGGUGGCGAGCGGAGGGAAGGACAAGUGUUUGCGGAUAUGGCGUCGAUAGGAGCAGUGCCAUGGAGCUGGUCCUGCCCUCAGCACAGUCCUGGGACAUCUCCACGGUGAUGGAUGAAGAGAUUGACCCAACACAGCUCCGUGUUCCCGUUGGCAGCUCUCCCUCAUGGACUCUUUCCUUAUAUUUAUUUAAGGAAAUUUUAAUUUUAGUUCUUAUUAAGAGCUGUGCAUUGUAGGAUGAUUUCCUCUGAACAUCACAGGAGCGAUAUCUCAUCUGC